GCACCGGAAGCGGCACUCGCAACACCGAGGAGAUAUUUUCCAACAACGGGACAACGGGAUGGAGCUGGAAGCUAUGGAGAUUUGAAGAUAGGGACGAUUUGAUCCCUCCAACCACAGAGCCAGUUGAGAAGCCCGUGUCAGGAUGCUGUCCACUGUUCCGGCAGAUUUGAGAGGGGGUCAACAGAUGCCCCUGCCGGGGGCAGCUAGCCACUGCUCCCUCCCGCUCCUCUACCAGGAGCGGCCCCCAAAGGGCUCCCCGCCCUGCCGGGACCAAUGGAAGCCAAUGGCGGGGCUGCAGGGGGAGGAGCCUACAAAGGGGGCGGAGCCUGUUGGGGGCCCCCUGUCCACGGGACCUGGCUCCAGCAGCACGCGGCUCCCCACCGCCGCCACACACACGGGCUACAGGGAAGCCCCGGACCCCCAGGUUCUUGCUGCAGACAGACACGGAGUCCGAAGCAAGCCUCAGGCCACCGUUGUUAAAGAAGGGAGUAUGCUGGGAAGCCUGCAGUGGGACCCCGCAGCCGCGCGCUCCCCGGCGCCCCCCGCUGGCCCGGCGGGGGAGCAGCUGGGCGCGCUGGAGCGGCUCCUGGCGGGGCAGCAGGCGGAGCUGAAGAGGCUGCUGGCGGGGACGCUGGGCGCGCUCUGCCAGAGGGUGGAGGCGGUGGAGCGGCGGCUGGAGCGGCUCUGCCAGCAGGGCGCCGCCCACACCAACGGCCUGAGCCUGCUGGGAGCGCAGCUGCAGGAGCUGCGCAGGAGCCUGCCCGCCCGCCACCCAUCACCCGCACACAGCGGAGACGCGGGUACGUCUGAGGAUAAAGACAAGCUCUCGUCGCCGAGGCUGCAUCCCUGUGGCAACGCGGUUGCCGUGGAAACUGGCCCGGGCGGAAGGGGCGCUGGAGUGUGCUCCUGGCAGACGGGCGCCUCGUCCCCGACCAGCCGCGGCGCGGCCCAGCAGAGCGGAGGCUCCGCCCCCUUGCAGAGGAAGGCCCCGCCCCCCGCCGUGUCGCAGGGCUGCCUGCCCGGGAACUACUCGCCCGUGUCGGACUUCGAGGACCUGGAGGUGGAGCUGGGAGACGAGGGGCGGGACGCGCUGGGCUGGCUGCUGAAUUCGGAGAUGGAGUCCACGGACCGGGACGACGAGGAGGGGCCGCCCGCCGCCCCGCCACCGCCGCCGCCCCCCCAGACUUGGGACGGCUUGGAGGGGAGACCUCCCGCGGCGCGCCCGCUCCCUCAACGUUUACAUUUCCCCUCUGACCUUCCGGUGCCUUCCGCGGCUGCCCUUCAGCCCCCCGGCCGCCCCCCCGUCUCUUUGCCCCCCACCGUCCCGGCCCAGACCAGGACUCCUGGGACGGAGGUCCCGCUGGACGCCUUUCCGGAAGCCGCGGAGAAGCUUUCCCCGCUGCCGCGGUCUCUGAAGGACGGGGGCGCUGCACUUUUGGAAGGGAGGGCGGGGCGCUCGAGCUCGAGGCACGUGACCCUCUCUCUACCCCCAGGCCUGCGCGGGGAUCGGCCGACCCCCGAAUCCAGUACCUCCGACCCCCAGGGUGCGCCCAAACCACCGGCCUGCCUCCCGCUCCCGAAGCAGCCCCCCAGGGACUGGCACUGCCAGAAGGCGUCCGAAAGGGUGGAGGGGAGGUGGAGAGAAAGAGCGGAUUCUCUGUCCAGCAGCGAGGAAGAGGAGGAUGCUGGGGAGGAGAAGAGGAGGAAGAAGAGGAAGAAGGGCCGAGGGGUCCGCUCCGGGCCCGGUUUCGGGGGCGGCCGGUCGCCCGGGUCGCCGCCCUACGUGGGUCUGCUGGCGGCCGCCGGCCGGUUUGCGGAGGACGGGCGCGGGUGCAGCGAGGGGCGGGUGCAGGGGAACAGAGGGGCGUCUUUCGGGAGACAGGAAAGGCAGGCCGGGGACUUCCUGGGCCCGAGGACUCUGGGAUCGGUCAGGCAGGGCGGCCAGUCCCUCUCCCCAUCCGGCUCCUACACCCAGCUGAAGUCCCUGGACUUCGGGACCUCGAGCCCUCCCCUGGGCCCUCUUCAGGAAAGCACUUUAUCGCCCCCUCUGGUGAGCGCGUGUGCGGAUGCCUGGACGGCGGCGAGGGGGCCGGACUGCCAGCUGAUGCCGUUUCACUCCUCGGGCCCGCCCCUGUGCUGGGCCUCGGCGGCGUCCCCGCCCCUUUUCAAACAGGCCACGCCCAGAAAUGGCUGCUCCGCCCCCGGGCAGGGCAAGCCCCUGCUGAUCCAGCUGUCGGAGACGGCCGGUCGCGUGUCCCCCCUCCCCGCCCCCCCCGACUCGACGUCGCCGCCCCCCUACGGCCUCUCCCUCGCGUUCAGCUCCAAGCUCCAACGCCACUGGGCCAGGCCCCUCCCCCCCCCAGGGUCCCCCUCUCGGAAGGACGGUGACGGUGAGCCUGAGGGGGGGUCGCCCCGUCUGUGGCUCCCCCUCCCGCCCCCGGAGCUUCGCGCCGCCGCCCCCCUGCACCAGCUCCUGGGCUCCGCGCCCCCCGCCCUCCCCUGGGGCCUGUCCCAGCUGUUCCGUGCCACCGCGAGGCCCGAACCGUUCCCCCUGUCCGUCCUCGCCCGGGGCGGCUUCUCCCCGGCGGGGCUCCACACCGUCCUGGCCCUCUCCUCGCCGGCCUUCCUCCGCCUCCUGGUCCGGCACACGUGCCGCCUCCCCCUCUAUCUCCCCAAGCUGUCCCGCUCCACUCUGGACCGCUUCCUGGGCCAGAUCCUCACUGCCCGGGACACCUACCCCCCUCUUCCGCCCCUCCCGGACCACACCGCCCCACCCGGCCUGGACAACGAUCACAGCUACGCGCGGCGGUCCAACCAGGAGUCCUCUACCAAGAGGAGGAGGUCUCCAACCAAAGCUGCUCCAGUCAGGGCUCUGGCCACAGUUCCCUCUCGCCCCCCCUCACGGCGUAUCUCCAAGGCCCGGCUCUCCGCGGACCGCGUACGGCACCAGGCUGCCCUGGACCCGCCCCAGCACCGCCACGCCCCCAGCGAGCCGGCGCACAGCUUUGCGCUCACCAGCGCCAACGUCAAGUACCCGGGGCUGCACGGGCGCGGUGCCGCCAGAGAGGGGGGUCUGUAUGACAGUGGUGUGGGGGCUCAGCCGGGCCAGCGAUCCAAGAGGGUGUCCCAGAUCCGCAUCCGCAAGACUGUCCCCAAACCGGAUAAUAACCUCACGCCAAUGGGCCUGCCCAAACCGCAGAGGCUGAAAAAGAAGGAGUUCAGCUUGGAGGAGAUUUAUACAAACAAAAAUUAUCGCUCACCAACUCCCAACAGGAGCCUGGAGACGAUCUUCGAGGAGCCGAAGGAGAAGAACGGGGCGCUGGUGUGCAUCGGGCAGCAGAAGAGGAAGCGGGUGCUGGACUUCCCCGACUUCACGCUGCCACGGAAACGGCGCGCCAGGGCCAGCCUGGGGGUCCUGCGGGGCCCCCGCGGGCGUGGCCGGAGGGGCCGGCCUGACGACGCCGAUCUGGACAUCAUGCUGAUCGAGCGGCUGAGUGAGCUGGAGGACUUCUUCUCCCGCCAGGGCCUGGAGGACUGAGCGACACACCUGAGCGUACAGACUCACUCACACACACACACACACACACACACGCACAGCCUCACACACACACACAC